GCAUGGCGCCUUUCCGCCCGCGGCCGCCGGUCCCGGAGGAGCGCCGUUAAAACACCCGCGGCGAUGGAGCGCGUCCGGCCGGGGCUGCCGCGGGGGCGGCGGUGACAAACGGCAGUGGCGGGCCGCGCUGUCACCUCGGCCGGGUGACGCGAGGCUGCGGGAGGACCGCGCGUCCCGGGGCCGCGGAGGGUCGCUGCUUCCCUCCCGGCGGGGAGCGCUGUCCGCUCGGCCCUGAGCGCGGCGGGCGGUGGAGGAGGGUGAACGCUGGGGCUCGGCUGGGCCCCGAGCCGCCCCGGCCCCGCGGAGCUGGGGAGGGGCCGUGGGCGGUUGUCCUCACUCUGCCGGUCUGGAUUAGGUGUCCCCGAGGUCAGGUUUCCCUCUGCCUUCCUCCUCUUAUGCAACAGCAGCGCUGGCAGCUGCGCUUGGAUUUUCCUGGCCUCUCCCUGCUGCCCGCAGCCCCGGGGCGGGAUGGAUGGGGCGGCUCCGCCACGCACCGCAUGGUUACCCCCAGCUCAGGAUGGCCGCGGGCAGCCCCAGCCGGGGCUGAGGAGGGGAUGCCCAGCAGAGCCGUGGGGCAGCCCCGCGCCCGUUCCUCUGCCCACACCUCUCUCCUGUGCAGACACGCAGCGCUGUGUGGCCCCGGGUUCGGCCGCCCAGCGAUCAGCACCGAGUGGGACCCACAGCGAGCGCCCACCCGCUCCUUCCUCAACCUCGCGGGGUCCCUAACCAACAAACGCAAGGAGUACUCGGAGCGGCGCAUCAUCGGGUACUCCAUGCAAGAGAUGUACGACGUGGUCUCCAACGUGGAUGACUACAAAACCUUCGUGCCCUGGUGCAAGAAGUCGGUGGUGGUCUCCAAGCGGACGGGGCACAUCAAGGCCCAGCUGGAGGUGGGAUUCCCACCCGUCCUGGAGCGCUACACCUCCAUCGUCACCCUCGUCCGCCCGCACCUCGUCAAGGCCGUCUGCACGGAUGGGCGGCUCUUCAACCACCUGGAGACAAACUGGCGUUUCAGCCCCGGCAUCCCCGGUUAUCCCCGCACCUGCACCGUGGAUUUCUCGAUCUCCUUCGAGUUCCGUUCCCUGCUGCACUCCCAGCUGGCCACUGUCUUCUUCGACGAGGUUGUCAAGCAGAUGGUGGCGGCCUUUGAGCGCCAGGCAGCCAAGAACUUCGGGCCCGAGACCCGCAUCCCCCGGGAGCUCAUGUUCCACGAGGUGCACCAGACGUGAGGGCAGCGCUGCGGCUGCGGACUGUGCCAGGGUCAGCCCCGCCCCCCUCUUAAAUAUUUAUUUGAGUGCAUCUUUGCUGCCGUUGCCUGGAAUUCCCUCCCAGCCCCGAGGGCACGAAGCGGUGCUCCUGCAGGGGGCUGCUGUGAGCCCCCCGGGCCCCAUCGCACCACGGCAGGAGCCGCGGCCCAGCGCCGGACUCCCUCAUUUUGUAGCUGAUUUUGGUUUUAAGUUUUUGUUUUAGGGUUUUU